UAUUUCAUACAUUUUGGCGAUCAGAAUACUCAAUAAUUUCAGUAAAUCGCCUUACUACCUUGAUCGCACAGUUAUCGCAACCCGUUCAGAGCCUAUCUUAGACAUCAGGCAGCCAUAAAAUUCACAACCGCCAAGUGUUCAAUACGAGAUUCUUGGCUAAGCCGCUUCCGCCCUGACAUACUAGUGUAACCUCAACUUUGGAAUUACGGACACCUAACCCAAAAGCUCUUUUGUCAGAUGUAUCGGCAAUCGACACGUAAACGGGUAAUGGGCUAUAAGUCAGAUUCGCGGUAUAAAUGCCUAAUGCAUUCGAUAUGCAAGCCUUCUAGUAACUUUGGGAAUUGAAAUUCCCACUUACGCCUUCUACCUACAUAUUAAAGCGAAGUAAGAAUUUAAGAACAACAUCAUGCAACCAACACGCCGAGGUCUACGGGGCGGGAUCGAAGUAUCGAUAUUGCUUGCACUUGCGUUGCUGUUUUGUCCAGUUGCCGCUUCUUGUGGAUGCCAUAGGACCGAGAGCAACCGAACUGUAGCCAUAGGCAUUGACAUCGGAAAUGUUUACUCACGAGUCGCGUACGGACGGAACAUGUCCAGUUUUCAUAUCGCGCCAGAUGAGCAAGGUCAUACGUUCAUACCAUCAUGUGUUGCGUUCACCGAAGACGGUCCUCUCGUGGGUUACGCUGCACGACGAUGGGCCAUAUCACACCCUGAAACAAUGAUAUGCAAUCCCAGAGCGCUGCUCGGGCGGCAAUGGUCUGAUCCGGACGUCCAAGAUUUCAUCAAACGUCUUCCUUACGAGGUAUCGAGCGGCGAUCAAGAUCAGCCCAUGUUCAAGCUCAAUGUUGGUGGCGAAGAGAAGAUAUAUGCACCUGAGGAGGUCGCAAGUCUGAUAAUUGGGGAAUUAAAAAUCAUGGCGGAAGCUUCGAUGGGCAACAACGGGACCGUAACGGAGGUCGUUAUCACAGUACCUAACUAUUUCACUUACGAACAGAGACGUGCAGUCAUGCAGGCUGGAGAACUAGCCGGCGUCGAGGUUAUCCGCGUUCUUAACAACCCCAUCGCUAUCAGUAUGGCUUAUGACAACGACUAUGGUAGCGAUUACGCGCCUGAAGGGCGGAAUAUUCUGGUAGUGGACGUAGGGGAUACAAUUGAUGUGGCUGUACUGCGUUACGAAGACGGAUACUUCGAGACCCUCGAUAUGUCGCAGGAGGAAAUCGGUCGCGAUAUCUUGGAUCAGCGGUUCGCUAGAUAUCUGCUUGGGGAUUGGGAGGGAAAAAUCGGCGAAGAGUUCUUGAUGGGAGUUAUGAGUGCUAUAUAUAAGAGUUUAAAGGAUGCGGAGCUUAAUUCGACUGAUAUCGACGACGUAAUAUUGGCAGGUGGUAUAGGACAAGUUCCAGAGAUAGUCGAGACGAUAUCGCGAGAAUUUCCCGGCAAGAAGUUAUACAAAGAUCUCAGAGCUGAAGCGAUCGUUCUUGGUGCAGCUCGUCACGGUGCUUUCAUGACUCUCUACGAUGAUAUUUCCUUCGAGCCAUAUAUUCCUGAUUUUAGCCCACUUGACCUAGGGAUUGAGACCGUAGAUGGAUAUAUGGCCGUCGUCGCCCCGCAGAAUGUUGUACCCUUCUCGACCACCUUCAAUAUCUCGACCGCCUUCAACAAACAAUCUACACUACUGAUCAAGGUACUUCAGGGCCAGCGUGUCCUAGCUGCGGAUAACAGGGUUAUCGGCGAACUCGAAAUUCCCGUUACGCCGGGGCCGGCGAGUAUCCCGCGCGUAGAGGUUCUUUUCCAAGUUACCAGUCAGGCUGUCCGCGUCACCGCGACUGAUCUAGAAACGGGGAAGAGUGAACAGAUUAUAAUAGAUAUCGACCCAAGUCUGCAGGUUUGCCAAUCUUGGGAAGAGUUGGACUUGAGCAAGGCUUUCUGUAACUGGCCGGAUUGGAACAAGGAAAGCGCCGAAUAUAAUAUCGAUAAGCCCGAGUUGCGCGCCGAUGUCGACGCUCGUUUCGACCUUGAGAACUAUAUUACCGCUCUAAGCGAAAGACUUUCCAACCCUGAGAAAUGGGGUGUUGAGGAUGUCCUGAAAUAUUAUGCCUCUGGGCACCCGACAACACUCACAGAUGUGUCGAACAUAUUUGAAUUUGAAUGGGUAGAUCUUGUUGUAGAUCGCGAGAUAUGGGAGCUCAAGGACGUUGAUGAGGUGAAGACGCUCAAGCAGUGGUUCUUACGCUUGACCGAACUAUACUUUGGGGCAUUUGAAUACGAGUUUAUUCCCAAGGUAGGAGGCAAGUCUUGGAUACGACAUGAUGAGCUUUGAGAAUACUGGUAAAUCUGAAAAACUCAUCGCGAUACUGGUGUCUUUGUUAUAUAGAAGGGGCUAUAUGAGGAGUAUAUAUCGUUGUGGGUAACAAUAUAUGCCAACAAUAGUAAAUAUAUAAACUAGCCCUACCUGAGGGGAUAAGAUUGCUCGUUAUGUAUCACAUCUAUACCGCGAUCAACUUUACCGCCCGUGUAUUUAACAAGGUACAAAAGUGAAGUUAUCGUAGGGUUACUGGUGAGGCCUCAAGCUUGGAGGGGUAGCCAAGCUUUCGGGCCCUUAGAUAGCUCACAAGCACUAAAACUUCAGCUGAGUAUGUAGCUGUACCAUCUCAUAGCCCGUCGCCUGUCA